AUGAAGCACACGGAUUGGAAACCAGCCUGGGUCCGUGGCAACAAGCUCGAAGACAUCGUCUGGAUCGGGAAGGACACGUUGGCCUGGUGUACCGGUGUCCACGUCAUCUUUUUCAACAUCGUCCAGAGAAAGAAGAGCAUUUACUGGUGCUGGAACAACGAAACUGGAGAGGGUGCACGGUGUCUCUCCGCACACAGCAAGCUCUCCGUGCUCGCCUUCUCCGAGCGGAUCGUGCAACCGAAAAUUCUCGUGUUUGCUUACCCAUCGAUGACGAAAAUCUCCGAAUGCACCGGUGGCUGCGUUUCCGGGUACAUAACCACUGCAUUCACCGCGGGAGAUUACCUGGUUUCCAUCGAUUCCUACCCCCUGUUCGUGAUGACCGUCUGGAAGUGGAGAACAGGCGAAAAAGUCAUCACUGUCGAUACCUCUAUACGCGACGAAGUUGGACAAAUUCUGAGAAUCACUCAAAUUGGACCCAACGUUGCAGCUCAGUUGGGAAAGACUUGUGGCAAGUUGUACACUUGGGAACUGGAUAUCGCUGGAAGCGUGGCCAUUUUGAAAGAUCACGAGGUGAAGCUUCCGAAAGACGAGCCAAUCGUGUGGGUAGACUGGUCUCCAACGUCCACGGAGCCAUUGCUAGCUCUCACUGACACAGAGGGCCACAUAUACCUCAGCAACUUCGACGGCAGUGACAUCUACCGCAUCGUGUACACCCAACGGUGUGGCAUCUGCACGAACAUAGAAGUGCCCAGGGUCGCAUGGUUCCGAGAUGGCAUUGUCCUGCGAACGACCUUCUGUCAAAUCCGUUUCUUCAAGAGGAACCCAAGAACGAACGAAUGGCGAAGAGAGUGGUACGUGAAGUCAGAGACGAGGCCGCACUUCCUGGUGACCCAUCCGUUCGGAAAUCAGUGCCUGUUUUACUAUACCUUAGAGGGGUAUCUGAUGCAGAUCGAAUUCGCGGACGACGCCGACAAUCCUAAAGUUGUCAGGUACCUCGACUACGGCGCCACCUACCGAUUCGCCGACUUCGUGUAUCCCUGGUGCCACCAUCUCGUCGUUAUGUGCGACGCGAAGAAGGAGCUGAUAGUCUUGGAGAGCUACGAAGGGACACCAGUGGCGUCCAUUGAUCCAGAGAUAGAGAGCGAAGUCUCCUACCAAGCCUCGCAUCCAGACUUCCCAUUGGUAAUUUUGGCAACGGAGCAGGGUGAACUGGUGUUUACUACUCUCGCUGAACCGGGAGACCCUAAGAUCGUGGCUAGAUUGAGGCUGCAGAGGACGCCUAUAGACUUAAUUAAAUUCUCGAAUUCCGGGAGGUUCAUGAUAGCUGCUGAAAAGAGAACUGGCGACUGUUACUGCGUGGGUCUUCAGCGAGAUAAAAUGUACUCUGUGAAAGCUCUGAUCAAAGUCCGUCGACCAGUGGUUGACGUCCUAAUCUUCGAGGGACACAAGAAGCUGAGAGUCCUGGCUCUUUUCGUUGGCAUAAAGCAGUACUUCGUGGGACAAAGACUGCUCCUGUACGAAGUGUCAGAAGAGCAAAACCUGGUCACCGAAUCCAUCUACACGUUGAACUUGCCUGGCGUGUACCGUGCCCUCUGGCACGUUCCAGGGAACCCUAUGUCGCUCAUAGGUUCGCCGUACCUGACACGUCAGCUGCGAGUGCAGAGGGUACAGGACUUCAGGAAUGUGGUCAUAGAGGACGGUUUAUUGACUGGUCAUCAGGUUAAACUAGCUAAUUUGUUCGUCGAUCGGUCGUGGAUCAGUACCACCGCUCUUGAUGGAUUGGUUUUGAUCAGGGAUAAAACGAUACGACGAGUGAUGGGGCAUAUCAUGACACACCAUAGGUCUGAUUGGGGCACCACGAAGGCGGUGGCGAAUAGACAAGGGGAUUUGAUCGUUUGUUUGGGUUACAAUGGCUCGUUGAUCGCGACGAAGACUGCUGUCAGUGAUAAAAAGGUUCAAUCCAUCUCUCCCAAGGAAACACCUCGUAUCUACAAAGUGGAACACGGAUUUUACGAAAAAGUCAAGAAAAAGAUCAAUUCCGACUAUGCUAACCUGGAUCCAACGAUUUACGAGGUAUUGAUGAAUCCAAAGUACGAGUUGCCUGAUACAAAAGAGGGAGACAAGACCUGGUCAGAUUGGAGGGACGAGAUGCAGCUUCGAGAGGAGGAAGAAAAAUGUAGGGAAGAAAGGACAGCCAUUUUGGCGGACUUCGAGGUUCUACGAAGCAAGGUGAAGAAGUUACUGGAUGCCAACGAAGCUAGUCCGGAAAUAGAGAAGCUUCCUGUAUCAGCCUUUGAUCUGGACAUCGCUGGUCGUGACCAGAAAUUGAAAGCAGGCCGAGACGUAUGCGAAAGUCUUCAUCUGGAGAUGGAGCACAAUAUUUUUGAGAUGAAGAGGGUGUCCAGGUGGAUCCGAGAGACUUUCUGGGAUUCCCAAGAAGUCCAGGGUAAAAGUCUGUUCGCUAUUUUGGGUACGACGGAGGUGACCAACUAUCCUUCAGUCGCUGAAGAUCCGUACGAGAAGGACCAUUUAAAAUGGGCUAUUUUCUGUAAGAAAACUGCGUAUGGCAUUUUGGAGAACGAUACUUUCGAACCUUGGAAGAUGUACACCGAUGAACAGCUGCAAGUGGAGUUAAAUAAGAAGCAGAGGGUGUUUCGCGAGGACGAUAGGAGGAUCGAUAAGUUGCUCAACGCUGAUGACGAAGAUGACGAUGACGAUGUUGACGAUGAUAACAAAGAUCUGGACAAGGAGCUAGAGGAGAAAGAGCUCGCUGAGAUGGAGAUGGAACAACAAAGGGCUAUGGAAGGUACAACUACGCAUCGGUACAUCGAGCAGUCGAACUUGUACCCUCAAGUGGGGUACUACGGAUUCAACCAGAUGAUGAUAAACAAUCGCAUACUGAUGCACGAUUGCAGCAACCUCCGAGCUUUCUUUAAUCGCUCCUUCGACGAGGUGUACUCGACUAAGGAAAGAGAGAUGCAGGUGAUACGAAAGAGGAUCGAGAAGAUACACUACAUUGACUCGGAACUCAGAACCAUGUUCAACAGCAGCGUGUCCUAUGUCCCUGCUUAUCCUGAAUGGCACUGGCAGGAGAGAACGGAGAGCAUUAUCAAGGUGCAGGAUCACGAGGUGAAGGCGAAACCCUACGUUUCCCCGUCGCAGCAGGAACUGUUGGACAAGCAGGCAGCGGAGGAAGAACGAAUCAGGCAAUUGUUGUUGGCUGACGACUUUCGCGAGCGCGCUCUGAUGGCGAUGAUGGACGGCGUGCUGGAGGUCCGAUGGGAGGACACCAUCAAGAUAGACGUGCCCAAGCCGGCUUGCAUGCUCGAGAAGAAACCGGAAGACUACACGGAGGACGAUAUAUUGGCGGUGAAGCAGUACGAGAAAGACGUGAACUUCCUGUUGGAGGAACGGGAACGGUACAGGAGAAUGCUGGAGGCGGAGUAUGGCAGGGUCAUGGAGCUUUUGAGGGAGGGAAUUGAUAAGUUCAAUGGCAAGCUGGACGAACUGUUUCGUUUGAAGCUGAACAUCGAAGCAGCCAUCAACCAACUAUACCUGCGAUACAUCCGUGGCUGGGUACUGAUCCGUAAACGAUUCCUGUCCCUGCAAGAGGAAGAUAGAUUAAAGAAACGGAUCACCGAGAAAGAACAAGCCCAAGAAGUGCUAACGAAGCAUCUCGAAACGUUUCACAACGUUUACGAAGAAAUGAUUGCUAAACAGACAUCUCUCGUCAGCAAGGAGAAAACCAUAGCCAAGAAGUUCAAGUCCGAAUUCGCGUCCUUAAACAAAUUUCAAACCGAGCUUCUAGAACGUCAAUACUAUCGCAGACCAAGAAUUCAUUUGAAACACCUCGGGGCUUCUGACUUGCAUGACCUAGCAGUUCACGUGAUCUCACGAAGGUUUUGCGUCUAUUCGCCAUUUGAGUGCAAGGAGUACCUGAGGAUUCUGAACCACUUGGACGUUCGACCAGUCACCCUACCAUUAACCAUAGAGACUCAUCAUUGGGAGGACCUGGUUCGCCUGCGACGUAACAAGAUCGAGAUAGAUCUGAAGAUUCUAGGAAACCAGGCCGAGAUCGCGUACCUGGACAACGUGAUCAUGGGGUUCGAACAGAAGAUAGAGAAAUGCAAAACCGACGUGGAGAAUAUGAAGAAGAGCCUGAUCGAAAUGAGGGAACGUCGAACUAUGGAGGAGUUGGACGUGGAGAUACAGUUGGUGCUGAAGAUGGGCCAGGUGGAGAUCAAUCUUGAUUCUCAUUCGAACGACACAAACGAUGCGAUUCUUAUAUCGAAAACGGACAUCGACUCUGUGAAUCAGCUGAUUAAAGCUGCUGGCGCGUGCAAGCUCAAAGCAUUGUCCCGUCUGCUGAGCUUCCAGAGAGGUACCCUGAUGAUGCAAUGGAACCACGAGUGUCAGAAGAACAGACUGGAGGAUCUGCAAGAGGACCUGCGUUUCACGGAAUCGGUGAUAGUGACGAAAGAAAUGCAACUGUUCUUGAAACGCAAGGCCAAGGGCCUAGCUGACGAUAAGACGCCUCAGCAAUUGGACGACGACAUCGCGGCUGUGGAACGACAGUUCAGUAGACUAUUGGAGGAUGAGCAGGCUAGGCUGCAGUCGAUCCAGAAGGAGAUCGCUUGCGUGAGGAGGAAGAACGAGCAGCUCGAUCGGCAGAUCUUGGAGAUGAACGUGGCGAGGUGCGAGAUGGAGCAGCGGCGAGAUCUUAUCGCCGAGGCCAGGCAGCAGGAGCACAUGGAGAGGAAGCUGCGGAUGGUGAUGCGCCGAUCCGAACUGAUCAAGAAGCUGCAGGAUAAUUACGCCGAGCUGAUCGAGCUGCAGACCGAGCACGAGCUGCUUAGGCUCAGGCGAUACCCGACCUUCCAUUUCACGAUGCUCGAUGAUAAUCACGAGGGGAAACAAAAGGACGAGCCUACAAAGUGUCCUUGUUAA